CUAAAAAUUCGAAAUCAGUUUAUACAAGUUUUUGCAGGUUUAUGUGGUCGACGGCAUUCAGUUCGGUAUACACUGAAAAGUUACAUGAAUCUGUUGAUAAUAACUCAUAAUAGUUAUUAACGUAUAAAAAUAUGAUCGUAAAAGAUAAUAUAGUUAAUAAUUUGGAAGUGGAUUAACUGAUAAUAUUUGUUGGCGUUGAAAAUGACCCAGUUGAAUACAUUUUUUUUACGUUGAAACAGUCUACUGUUUUUUUUCUUUUACCAUUUGUACUGUUCUCUUUGAGUUUUCUUCUUCACCAAAAAGGAAAAUUAGGAAAUAUGUACGAGGAAAUAUUUGAUGAUUUACAAAAAGUGACGGAUGAAUUAACAAAAGCUGGAUUACGUGACAUUCCUUCACCAAAGAUAUUUAAUCUUUUAGAAAUUUUAAAAUCUCCCAAAAUUGUUUCUCAGAUUAUCAUGGAAUCCAAAGAAUUGUAUGAAGGAACAUCCAGUAAUUCUGAUUCUGAUAUUGAUCUCUUGGUCACAUCUAGUAAUUUAGCAAAAACUCACAAUGGUACUGAUGUGGAGGUUAUAAAAGAAUUAAAAAGUGAUUCCAAAUCUAAGAUAACAGUUGAUCUAACAAAAGUUCCUGAAAAAAAUGCAAGUUUAAAUGAAUUCCUUCAAGAUGAUGAUUAUAUUCAAAAUGAUGCAUCGAAUGAUUCAGAUGUUGAUAAUUAUUACACAAACUCGGAUUACGAAGAAGACAAAGUAGAAGAUAAUGAUACCAAAAUAGAAUCACCACCACCGAUUUUAAGCAUUCUGAAAGAUUUAACAGAAAGUUAUGCUUUGCCUCCACCGGAAGUACCGAGCGAAAUUCCCUUCGACAGCGUUAGAGAAGCUGAAAACUUUGAAAUCCUCGAAGAAAAUAAUAAUGAUCCGAAUAAUAAUAAUAAUCUAGAAGAAAUACAAUUAGGUGAACAAACUCAGCCCAAGAGUCCAGUUGCAGGUUGCAGUAGAGAUUUUAAUGAAAUAGAGUCUGGGAGACAAGUUUCACCAAUAAUAAUGUCUAUUACUAGUGAAGAGUCAAAUAAUUCCGAAACGAGAUGUUCUCAUCAAGAUAGUUUGGAACCACAACCAAGCUGUAGUAAGGAGUACAUUCAGCUUGAAGAAAGUGAUGAUAGCGAAGUUGAAGAACUCGAUUCUAAAGUGUCUUUUAAAGUUAAUUAUGAGAAGCUGCUAGAGGAAACUGAGGCCAUUAAUCGAUUUUUUCCCGAUAUAAGUGGAGAUGCGAUUUUCUCCAUGUUGGAUAAAAAUCGAAAGGCAACAAAUCGUGUCACUAUUGUCCUAUGGGACUUAUUACCCACAGAUAAACCUGAACCUCACAUUCCCGAAAAAAUGAAAAAAAGAAAACAAGGAAAUGAUCCUUAUCCUCUUAAUAUUAAGAAAAAUGGAUCUCCAUUUGCCUCAUCUAAAAUCGACGAUAUAACAAUAAAAAGAAUACAAGAAGACGUUCGAAACAGUGAGAAACCUGAUAUUUUUGAAAUUGAUCCCUCUCAUACAGAAGACAUUAAAACGGAAAAGUGUUCGAUUAAAGCAUCCAACUCUGCUACAAAGAGUAGCAAAGAAUCUUCCUUAUCGCCGAAUGAUAAAGGCAAAAAACCUCAAGUAAUUAAACCAGCGCAAUUUGUUUAUAAACCGAAAGUUAUUGCUGGAAAACAACCCGAAAUAAUUAAGAGAAAUAUUUUAUCAGCACCAAAGUUAAUUAUUAAUGCUCCAAUCAUUCAGUCGGCACCCAAGCGAAAAUUACCGUCACCCAAAACUAAUGAACUGUCAGAAGAGGGAUUCAUUUCCGAGGACAUUGAAACUGGCAACACAGCCGUUCUUCUACAAAAUCCUCUUUCCGCGUUUAACAUAAAAAAAGUAAAGAACUCAAAAGAUGAGACAAACGAUGAUGGAAGUCUUCCAUCAAAAAAAUCGAAAGCCUCGGAAAACAUUGGAAAUACAUCGCCGACGUUCGAUUACGAUUCUAUUUGGUCGCCAAUUAAUGAUCUUAUAGCUGAUGAUGAGACAUUUAUAAAUAAAAGCAAUAUAAUUAACAAAGAAUCAAAAUUAGAGUUUCUCAAACCGAAUCAAGAAAACAAAUUUUAUCAAAUGCCAGCAAAUCCAAUGGCAUCUACUAGUUCUGUAAAUCAGCCACAUCACACUGCACUUGCUGCGAAUACGAUAGUCAUUAAACCUAAAAUCGAAGUAAUUCCUAAUAAGGACACUUAUUAUAAACUGAGAAGUAUUUUCCCCGAUAUUGAUCCUUCUUUUAUUAAGGAAAAGUGUAUAAAUCCACCGUUUUCAAUGGCAGGACUCAAUAUUGAACAGCAACUAAAUAUGUUCGUUGAAGUUUUAUUAGCAGAUGGUGGAAAUCACCAAAUUCACGAAAUUCGUGAAGAAUCCGAUGAUGUCGGUAAUAAAGAUGAGCAGUAUGAAACUCUCUUAGGAAUAUUUCCAGAAGCUGAUCCUGAAUUUUUGCGUAAAUUUGUGGAUGAAAAUUAUAAAAGUCCAGAUAAUUUAAAAAAUUUUAUUCAAAAAAAUUUAGAGAAUCCAGUGUAUCCAACUAGAGCGCAAUAUUUGGAAAAAAUUAAAAUUAAUCAACAAAUUAAGGAUUACACUACAGAUUUUAGCGUAAAAAAGUUCUUGCAAAUAUUUCCCAAUCCUGUAGAACACUUCGAAAAAUCUGACAGAAAAUGCGCCUUUAAGCCAAUGGCCAAUGAGUUCUUAAAGGACACCUUUCGGAGGCAUAAGGUUGCUACAAUAUCACAAAUUUAUCGAAGAAGAAAUCAUCAUUUGAGUCUAACAGCUAACGACUUAAGAAAUCUUUCACCGGACAUGAAAGGGAAGAGAAGUAAUUAUCUGAUGCCAACUGAAGAUAUUCCUCUUCUUCAAGAAAUGGCCUAUAUUAAAUUUAAAAAUGAUAUCGUCACUUAUCUCGAGGAUAUCAAAAGACAGGAAUUACAAGACUUCAAUAAUCUGAAAGAACAAGGUUUGUUGCUUGAGUGCCAAUGUUGCUUUAAUGAUGAAUGUUUACCACGAAAAUGUUCCACAUGCGAAGACGGACAUAUUUUUUGUCAUGGAUGCAUUUUAAGAGGUACUGAAAGCAAAAUUAGUGAUGGCCAAAAUCACAUACCUUGCUUUGUGGAAUGCAAGCGAGAAUUCAGUCUAUCAGUUCUACAAGAAGUUUUACCACCAACAACAUUUAGUAUUCUUCUACAAAAGCGACAAGAAGCUGAAGUAAUGGCUGCAGGUUUGGAAGGACUUGUUUCUUGUCCGUUUUGCCAUUUUGCGUCAAUUCCUCCAGUUGAAAGUAAAGUCUUCAAAUGUUUGAAUCCAGAUUGUAUGAAAGAAACUUGUCGGUUAUGUAAUGCGUUGAAUCAUGUCCCAUUAAGAUGCGAUGAAGUCUUAAAAGAAGAUGAGGCACGUCUUAAAUUAGAGGAAAAAAUGACAGAAGCUCUUGUUCGAACCUGUUAUAAAUGCCAGAAACCAUUUUUUAAAGAAGAGGGUUGCAAUAAGAUGACUUGUGUUUGCGGUGCUUCUAUGUGCUACUUAUGCUCAACUCCUCUCAAAAAUGGAGAUUACAAACAUUUCAAUGGACAAGGAUCGUCAAACUCAAAUUUGUGUCCUUUAUGGACCGACAACCGUCGUAUGAAUGCCGAAGCAGUACGGAAAAUUGCAGAAGUCACGGAAAAUGAACUGAGGAAAAAAAAUCCUAAUUUAAAAGUCACGGCAAAAUCUAUUUUACCUACGUUGCCACCAAAAACCAGAGGACCUCACGAUGAUAUUCCCAACGCAAAUGCAUUGCCGGAAUAUAUUUUAAGAAUAGCGAACAACCCAUAACAAUAGCUUCUAUGAACCAAUUUUUAAGUGCCAAAGACGUCUCAGGUUUGGAGUGUAUUUUACAUCAUUAAUUUUUUAAAAUAACAUAUCGUAAAAUUUGUUUAUAUGAAAUUGUCAAGAAGAAUAUGCCAACUAUUUUUUUUCUUAAUUGUUAAAAUCGUAAAACUUUUUUUCUACAUUAUAAAAGUCUUUAGUUUAUACACGCCAAACUAAUUUUAUCCAAAAUUAAAAAUCAAGUUUUUGCAAAAAAAAAA